AUGCAUAAUGAAACAACAAAGAUCAAACAUCGUUUGUAUAAUGCUCAUUAUCCUUCUGUUAAAUCAGUUGAUGAACAUAGUGUAACAGCCAAACAUCAAUUAUCUCGCCAAUCUAAACGAGAUGACGCUAAUUUUUUUCCAGCAUUAACAAGUGGUAGUUCGUCAGAAUCAAGUUUAGUCAAUAGCCAUCAGGCAUCAUCAACAAACCAUACGGAAACAUCAUCAACAACAAUGGCAUAUAAUUCAGCAGUACAUGAAGCAGCCAAACGUUACAUAUUACGUAAGAAUAUGGUAAAAUUUUCUCAAGCAUUUCCAUCAUUACAUUUAACGAAUGGUUCUCAUACAAAACAAAAAUCACUUUAUAAACAUAUUCAAGCAAAAAUUAAUACUGGUUUACCACGUAUAAGUAGUAAAAAUUCACUGAAAUCUGAUACUCAUCAGUUAGAACCUAUUCGUCCAGUAAAUUGGCUUGAAUUAAAAAAUGAAAUCGAACAAGAUAUACAUAUAUAUGCACAUACAAAACGAAUGCAGUUUAAUUCUGACAAUACAUAUAAAGCACAAUUAACAAUAUUGGGAAAUCUUGUACGUUCAAAAGUUAAAUCUCAUUUAUCAUCUUCAAUAGGUAGUGGUGAUCAACGAUAUAAAAUUGUUGUUCAUCUUACUGUUUAUCAAAGAACGUCUUCUGGAUUACAUGUUGCAUCCAGAUGUUUAUGGAAUACAUGUACAGAUAAUUCAAUAACAAUUAAAAUGCAAGGUGUGGAUUGUAAUAUUCUAAUCGUUGUAUUUCUUUGUUAUACAGAUCUUGGAGCGAUAUAA